GACAAACACACCCUCAGUGGAGGAGACAGGAAGAGGGAAGGAAGCCAUCUUGGUUCCACUUUGACAUGUCGGCCUGCACGACUACUUGAAAGCCUGUGAUAAGUUUUAGGAAGUACAAUCGCUUGUUGACUGUGAAGAUUAGCCGUUCCAGAGGGCGGAGCCUGGAUGUACAGCUUGGAAACAGGAAGAACUCCCCGAAAUAUCGUCACAUUUUCUGUUGGCGGCGUCUGCUGAGACCUGACUAGGACGUGUGAGAUGAGUGGCGGACGAGUGCCAACCAGGUCAGAGGUCAUGGAGUGGAGCCCCCAGCAGUUAGCCGACUACCUGAGGAAGAUGAACCUGUCUGAUUGUGACAGAACCGUGUUGAAGAACUCCAUUAAUGGAAGCCGAUUUGUGAACCUGACUGAGAACGACCUGCAGAAAUUCCCCAAACUUCACACACCGAUUAUUUCAAAGCUCAGUGCUGACAUCAGCAAGAAGGAGGAAAGACGAGGCCUGUUUGGUAAAAAAACCAUGACACCUAGAUUUCUUGAACCAGCAAUUGACAUUCCUGAUUUGAGCGACGAUAAUUCUGACAAGGAAGACUUUAAUGACUAUGAGAGUCCGAACAGCGGCGGGGACGACGGAGGCAGUAGUCAGAGCGAUUACGAGAUCCCAAACGACGACGUGGACGGAGCCGAGCAUUAUGAACUUCCUCCCUCAGAACCUGCAAAGGACCUUGCCCAUAAGCCGCGCACCGCCCUGACCCCUGGGGAGCCGGAAUACAUCGAUAACAAGGACAAACAUGCGCCCUCUAGAGGCCUAUGCCCUGCUGUUAGCCCCCGCCCACAUGUCACCUCUAACGCAAAACUGCCAGGUAUAGAUCACGCACUGCACUCGAGUAGACGACCGUCAGAGAAGUUGCUCCCAGAACCACCAAAGAUCUUCCGUUGCAAAAAACCGGGACGGAAUUCGUCUCCCAAUCGAGGUCCCAAUGGUGCAGAGAGGCCAGGCAUACCCUCUCGGAGGCCUCAGGGGGAUGUAUCAGAUCCUCCCACUAGGUCCAAACCUGUUGCUUCUCCUUUUUCCUCCUCUGCCUCCAUCGGAAGGAGCAACUCCUCCGUCAGACCUUCUCCCAACCGAUUUGACGGAAUGAGGGAGCAAGCAAACAUUGAUGUACCAAAGCACAACAUGUUUCCAAUCCUUCAUAAAAAUGUGGCCUCCCGCCCUGCACUGCCUAGCCGCUGCGAACAAAGCAACAGUUUGCCUCCUGGUGUCACUUCAGUUGGGUCACUGCCUCUCCACGUUCACUCCGCCCCCGAUGUCCAAGGUUGGGAUGACGACGAGUUUGAUGACGAAGAGUACAAUGAUGACUAUGAGAACCCAGACAGCGGCAACGAUAAGAGCGACGACGACGCGACUAACGACAACUGGGCUGACAAUUACGAACCUCCUCCAUCGGAACCCUCGGAGGACCUGAGUCACAAGCUGUGCCUCGCCGUGCCUGUCGGAGAGGACGAUUACAUCGAUAAAUGUGUGUCAACAAGAGGCCCACCACCUGCCGUUAGUCUCCGCCCACCGGCUGCCUCUCCCCCGCCGCUGUCGCCCCGCAUGCCAGGCGAGUCGUUGCCCAGUAGAGAUCCCUCCCCGCACUGCGCUAGUCAACCAUCAGGGAAGUUGCUGACAGGACCACCGCAGAUUUUGCGUCGUAACAAACCAGGAAAUGGCUCGACUCCCAUUCGAGGGCCCAACACAGAAGAGAGGCCGGCUACACAGUCUCGAAGGCCCCAUGCGGAUGUCCUGGAUCCUCCCUCCAGGUCCAAACCUGCUCCUCCUCCUCAUCCUGCUUCCUCGUCCGCCUUUGUCAGGCCUCCUCCCGACAGGUUUGAUGGUAUGAGAGAGACACACAAUGAAGGUAAGUGUUGUCAAUUUUUCAAACUAAUUGAUUCAUUCACAAUUUGUAAUUAUUUAGACUUAUAUUGUCUUCCAGCACGCAAACACAACACGUUUCCCCUCCUCCAUAAAAAUCCGAACCCCCGCCCUGCACCGCCCAGUCGCCACGGAGACAGUUUGCCUCCUGGCGCCACUUCUUUCGGAUCAUUGCCACUCAGUGUUCACACUGGCUAUUUGGAUAACAGGAGCAACUUUGAUGGAUCUGAUCGUUUUCAUUCUCCUCCCCUAAAACCUGCUUCAAAACAGGGGUUGGACCCUUGCUGGUACGUUGGUAAAGUCACAAGAAGUGAGGCUGAAGGGUACUUCAAACAAGUCAACAAGGAUGGGGCGUACUUGGUGAGGGACAGCUCUCACAAGCAGUCUAAUCAGCCUUACACACUGAUGGUCCUCAACCAGAACAAAGUCUACAACAUCCAGAUCCGGCAUCAGGACCAGCAGUUUCAACUCGGAACCGGACUCAAGAUUCAGGAGUCUUUCCCGGCAGUGUGUGACAUCAUCAAACAUUACUCCCAGUUCCCUCUGCUUCUCAUCGACGCCAAAAAACGCAGUUCUGGUCAACAGAACGAGUGUCUACUCUCAGAUCCAGCAAAGAAUUACAUGGCGAAACCACAAUGAUCUCUACAGGAGUAAUAGGAGAAAAUUAAUUGUGAAUUUCUUCUCCAUUUGUCGCUUCUUUACGAUUCAAAAGAAUUUGACAAAAUAACUGAGUGUUUUGGUCCUGUUUUCACCUGCGUAAAAAAAUAAACAAAUUAAUUACUCUAUGAAUGCAGAUAUCCAUAAUUUUUGACACUUACUCCAAUUAGCAACCCUAUUUAAAUAAUCAAGUCUCUUCUGUUUGC